AAACAAGAGAACAAAACUCUUUAUGCCCUUCUUCCCCUUCUUCACUACACACACCACCAAUAACAACCACUCUUAUUUGUUCUCUUCUUUUUUCUCUCUUCUUCUUCAUUUUCAUAUUCUGCUACCUAUCUAGACUUCUACUUUUACUCCUACGCCUAUAAUUGGAGAGAGAGAGAGAGAGAGAGAGAUUCAAGUGUGCUGUUUGUGUUUGUGUGAGUGAAAGCUGAAAAGUUUUGAGAGCGAGACAUAAAUAAAUACAAAGAAGAAGAAGAAGAAGGAGGAGGGUGUUGAUGGUGAUGGUAACGGUAUGAUGAAGUUGAAGCUGAAGUUGAAGAGCUAAGAAAGAGAGAGAAAAGAAAAGAAAAAGGGUGUGGGUGUGUUGUGUUGACAGAGUAAGAAAGAAGGAAAGAAAGGUCGUUAUUGCAUUUUCUCUCUCUUUUAGAAUUAAAUAUAUUAAAAUUGAAUUGGCUGAGAGUUGAAAAAAGCCAAAGUGAGAGUAGUAGUAGUAGCCACAAUUGCAGCAGAAGCAGAAGCAGAAGCAGAAGCAGCAGCAGCAGCAGCAUCAGAACCCCAAACAGAACCAACAGAAGAACCUGCACAUUCAGAACCUAACCUUGUUCCUCCUUCUCUCUUUCCCCUCCUUCCUUCCUUCUUUCCUUCUCUUACCGGAGAACCAUAACAAUAUCCAUUCACACACACAGACAUUUACACAAACACGUAACCUGCAUAUAUAAAUAUAAAGAGAGAAAGAGAGAGAGGCUUAUCAGUUGUGGCUACUACAAGGAGGUUGCCAUCAGAUUCUGGAGCCUUCGCAGACUGGUCAGCCCCUUCUUCCUCCGCCAGAGUUGCUGCUCCCGUCGACGACCUCUCUCUCGGUUUCAAUGCGGGACCCCCUACCACCGCCGGACCCACCGCCGCCGCACCUCAAGGAAUGUGGCCUUCCAGGUCCCUCAACUACGGCCUCGCGCCUCCCGACAUGCCUCCAGGAAUGGUUGGACUCCGCGACGUCUUCGUCGUCGCUCCGGCCCUCCUUCCACACCACCACCACCACCACAACGAUGCCGUCUUGUCCUCCUCCGAUCUUCACCAUCUCAGCAACAAUUCCUCCAACAAUCCCGCAACUGCACUCGGCGUUGGAGUUGGAGUCGGUGUCAUCCCUCUCCUCACCGCAACGCCGUGUCUCGAUCAGGAAAAUAUUCUCACCGGAAGAGCCAGAACCGCCGCCUCUGGAGGUACUACCGGCGGCGGAAUUCAAUUCUGGCAGGAACAACAACCGCAUCAUCAUCAGUACCUGAAGAAGCAGGGUUUUAUAGACCACAAUAUCGGAGCCAAUUUGGUUCCCGGUGGAGGCAGCGGAAGCGGCAGCGGCGAUGGCGGUGCUUCCAACAGCGGCGGUGGAACAACCACGUGUCAAGAUUGCGGGAACCAAGCGAAGAAGGAUUGUGCACAUAGGAGGUGCAGAACUUGCUGCAAGAGUAGGGGUUUUGAUUGCCCUACUCAUGUGAAGAGCACGUGGGUUCCAGCUGCGCGCCGGAGGGAGCGCCAGCUCAUCACUGGCACGACUCCGUCGACGGCCGCUGCGGUUGCCGGUUCCAGCGGUUCAACUUCCGGCGCCAAGAAACCUCGGUUGAUUUCUUCACAGACAACAACAAAUUCUCACACUUCAACUUCCAACACCACUCCUCCUAGAAGCUUCGACACUUCUUCUAGCCAUCAAGAUGCGAGUUUCAAGGAGAAAUUGCCUGGUCAAAUAAGAGCACCAGCAGUGUUCAAGUGUGUGAGAGUCACGUCAGUGGACGAUGAACAAGAUGAGUAUGCAUAUCAAGCCGUUGUGAAGAUCGGUGGCCGUGUCUUCAAAGGCUUUCUCUAUGAUCAAGGCCAUCAGAAUCAUAGUAAUAGAGAUAGCAAUAAUAGUAAUAAUAAUGUGUAUCCUAAUCUUUCUGAGCUCCAUUUAGGUGGUGGCGGCGGUGGUGGCAGCGGCGGUGGUGGUAGAAAUGGGGUUUCAUCAUCCUCCCCAAUGCUUGAUCCUUCUGAUGUUUAUGCAGCUUCAGGUGGUGGUAGUGGUGGUGUUGGGGGGUUACUGGGAGGUUCAACCUAUGGUAAUCCAAUAAAUUGAUUAUAUAUAUUAUGAACUUUGUUGUGUC